UCCAGUUCGUGUAAUAUCAUUUCACGGCAUUCUCGCUGCUCGAAACCCUCAACAAACUAAUAAAAAUUCCUUUUUACAAAAAAAUAAAAAAAUAAAAAUCCUCUUAAAGAUCUGUUAAGAAGUCGUUUCUUUCUUUCAAGUUUUCAAUUUUCCCUCUUUAAAUGGAGAUGGUUAUGGAGGAUUCGCGCUCGAGCAGCUCGCAUCCUAUUCGCUCCAUGGCUUUCGAGGCUUUCUCUGCCGCUUUUCGAACGCGACGGUUUGCUAAGAAUCCGAUACCUAAUUCUCCACGAAUAUCUGUAGUUGGAGUUUGUUAAAUUGUUUUCUUCCAUACUUAGUGUUUUAUUUUGGAAAUUUGUUGCUUUGACUUUUUUGAACUGUUUCUUUGCUUGAAACCUGGAAAUUUGGAAGACUUGAAGUGGCAAUAUAUAGGGUUUGUUAUGAAAUUUUAUGAGAAUUUAGAAGUUUAUUUUGAAAGAAUCGGUGAAUUGAGUUUUUAGGGUUACGUGGAAUAUCAUGUGGAAGUGUGGAAGAAGUCGGAGAAACUUAAAAAUUUGAAGGUGAUGGCUUUGACUGAUGUUUAACCUUCAAAUGAAGUUGUGAAAUUUGAUUCUGUUAGGACGUGUGUAAAAAGUUAUAAAGGAAAUAAAAACUGAAUUUGAAUUUAGUUUUUGUGGAAUUGUGGAUUUGCUAGGAUUAGGGUUUUAAUCAUAUUGUUUUGGUGGGAAAUUUUGAAUGGCUGAAAGGAGGGAGUUGGGAUUUCCAAGGACAAUUGCUUUUAGUUUAAAGGAACAGUUAGCAAGAACCACUCUUAACAAUGUAAAAUCGCAAGGACAUACUUAUAUAGAUCUUCGUGAGGAUGGGAAGCGGUUUGUAUUCUUCUGCACUUUGUGUCUUGCACCAUGUUAUAGUGAUUCAGUGUUACUUGAUCAUCUAAAGGGGAGCCUUCACGCAGAGAGGUUAGCUGCUGCUAAGGUUACAUUGUUAGGAACUAAUCCAUGGCCUUUCAGUGAUGGUGUUCUGUUCUUUGGUAACUCGAAUGAAAAAGAGAAGCAAUUGGCAGUUGUAAAUGAUAAUGAAAAUAGGUUGUUGGAGUUUCAAAACCAUGAUAACAACCUUGCAAUUGUGCAAUAUGUUGGCAGUGAAGUUAGCUCCUAUAACAAGAAUGUGAAUGGUAGAGAAGGGGAUUCUGAUCUGGUGAUUCCAGAGGUGCUAAUAAAGGAUGAAGUUUCUGACUUGAAAGUGAGUUUUAUUGGUUUUGGGAAAAUUGCUGCGAGGUUCUGUGAGAAGGAUGGAGUUUCAAAUGGUAUUAGCAGAAUAUGGUGUGAAUGGUUGGGGAAAGAGGCUCCAAGGAAUGAUGAUAAGUUGAAGGUUCCAAAGCAUGAAUUUGCUGUGGUUACUUUUGCUUAUAACAGUGAUCUAGGCAGAAAGGGAUUGCUAGAUGAUGUCAAAUCACUAUUAACAUCUGGUUCCUCCAAAAAAUUGGAUAAUGGUGAAGCUGCUAGUAGGAAAAGGAAGAAGUCAUUUUCUGACCCAGAGGAUAUAAGUGAAUCUAUGAGUAAUCAGUAUGAUUCAUCUGGGGAAGACUCUUCAGCUUCAAAUAGUGCUUCCUCAAGACUGGCAUUGGAUCGAUAUGAUGAUCAGCUUCUGCUCACAAGAUUUAUAUCAAAUAAGGCUAUAAGGAGAGAGUUGAGGCGGCAACAGCGUAUAGCUGCCGAAAGAAUGUGUGAUAUCUGUCAACAAAAGAUGCUUCCUGAUAAAGAUGUAGCAACACUCAUGAACUUGAAUACUGGAAAGCUUGUUUGCAGUAGUAGAAACGUUAAUGGGGCAUUCCAUGUGUUUCACACUUCUUGCCUUAUACAUUGGAUUCUUCUUUGUGAGCUUGAGAGGGUUGAGAACCAUUCAGUUAAUCCAAAAGUGAGACGAAGAUCUAAAAAUCGAGCCAAACACAAUGAGAUGGGCAAGGAUGGACAGACUAAACCUACAGGUACCAUGAUUUCUUCUGUACUCUGCCCAGAGUGCCAAGGUACCGGUAUUGAGGUUGAGGGAGAUGAGCUGGAAAAGCCUGAUGUCUCACUUUCUCAGAUGUUUAGAUAUAAGAUUAAAGUCAGUGAUGCUCAUAGAGCAUGGAUGAAAAAUCCUGAAAUGUUGGAGAAUUGUUCAAUAGGCUUUCAUUUUCCUUCACAGUCUGGAGAGAUGGUUCAGGAGAAAGUAUUGCCCCUAAAAUUGAUGCAUUUUUACAGUGCUGACAAGUAUGAGCCAGGCACAAGUUUCCUUGGAUGAAUUCUGCAGUUGACCCUUUUUUUUUUUUUUUUAUGUUAGCGUGUAGGUUGUACUAUAAGCAAAUAUGUGUAACCUGUUAUACGUAUACAGGUAAAGGCCACGGUCGUCAUGAAAACCAUGAAUAGCACUUCUGCAAUAGGAUAUUCUUGUCCCCUACCUGUAUGGGCUUUGUAAAUAUCUGUUGUACAUUGCUGACAACUGUCUGCAUUGUAAAUGAACAGGCAGUCAAUGACUCAAUGCUAUGUUGACUUUUAUAGGAGGAAUAGUUUAAACUCAUCUUGCCUCUUCGUCUGCUGUACCUUCUGUCGAUAAAUGGAAAUUUUACUUCCUGGUUAUAAGUUAUAACAUGUUUAUAAAUAUUUUUUAUUUGA